AUGUGGACAGGCACGAAUGAUCCAGAGAAGAAGAGGGGAGGGAGGGAUGCAAAUGAGGCAGAGGGGACGAGGCGAGUCGAGGCGCAGGGCAGCGAGUACGAAAUCGGGCAGGAGAGGAAAGGAGAGGAGGCGAGGGGUGUCAUGCAGGUUUGCACCGAGAGCUGCGUUGCGGGAUUCCGAGAUGCGGGCGGGAGGGAGCAAGAAGGGGGGAGGAGGGAUGAAAGGGACCAUCCCAACUGCGCUGCUGCUCCUGCUGCCGCUCGGAUUCACGUCGAGAGGAGAGGGGGGCUGCGGGGGAUUGCUCGAGAAUCGGGAGAAUGGGGAGAAUGGAUGUUGUCUCUCCUUCGUUUCCUCCUCUCUCGGCGUGGCUCACGUGCGCGCUUCCGCAAACUCAUCUCGAGAUGGGCGCUUGCAAGGGCCCUCAAUACUUCGACUCUCAACGCAGAUAUCUCUCCAGGCAUGGGCCCCUCCCGCCGCGUUUCUGGAGGUGCUCGACCUUCUGGCUUGCUCCUUUCGCCGCAAGAACUCCAGAAGCAGAAGCGCCAUCAGCAGCGCUCUAUCGCAUCGUUCUUCUCGCCCUCAAGGGCGACAAAACUUUCCGUCACCGCCACGCAUGACUCAAUUCCAGCAACAGCCGCAGAGGACGUCCAACCAACUGAUAAGACUGAUGGGAGCAACCUUGAUUCUCCCAAUGGACGUGCACGGAAUCACAAGGCCUCGCCCGGUUUGACGGCUAAUCGAAACGCCCGUCGCGUUUUGAAAUCUGCGGUAGGAGGAAAGGGUGGAGGUCACCGAGGAACCUUGGUGCGCGCUGAGGCGCGGACAAGCAACUCCGAAGAAUCGAAGGAUGACGAGCUUCUCUGGACCGACGACCCGGCUGAAAAAAUCAAGCGACCCGGAGACGAGCGCGGAGCCAAUUCGCGCAAGGUGGCGCUUCAGAUCCCUCCACUGGCGGGCGGACAGGGCAAUGCAGGAGGAGACGACGACGUUGCUCCGGCGACUGAAGUCCACGGCGGAAAAACCGCCGUGAAGGCGGAGGGGCUGGCGGAAGGGGCGGCGGAGGAGAAUGCGCAAGGAGGCGUGGAUGUGGCGGGCGGGGACGGCUCGCUCUCGAUGGGCUCUUUAGGAUCGGACUUGUCCGGUUCGCUGCUCCCCGCGGGCAGGUUGCGGAGCCUGCGGCGGCGUCCGGGGGGAAGGAGUAACGUGGGGGGUUCCCAGGAGAGCGGCGGCGAGCUGGUAGAGCAAGUGGGAGGAGGCGUUGAGCGGGAUCGAGCCGGAGAGGCGGUGAGAGGAGGCGAGGGCGUCGAAAGAAGAGACGAGAUAAUGAAGGAGACGAGUGGAAAGGCCGUGAGUUUGCCGGCCGGUUGGAGCAGUAAGGGAACACGAGGCAAGGGGACUCGGAAGCGGGGACGGGAGGAGGCUAGUAACGAGGAUGGGAAGGGCGAGGAAAAAGCCGGUGCAGUGGGGAGGAGGGUGGAGGUGUACUGGCCGGACGAUGCGGCGUGGUAUGCGGGCAUGGUUGCGGGAUAUGAGGAGGAAACGGGCAAGCAUGAGGUGUUAUAUGAUGAUGGGGAGACAGAGAUGGUGGUGUUGGCGAAGGAAAAGGUGAGAUGGGUGGGGGGCUCUGGUGGUGGCGUGGCGACGACACUUGGUGCGCGGAAGAAGGGGGUAGGGGCGAGAUUGGGGGCGGAUGAUGCGGAGGCGGAAACGGCGGGUGGAGAAGCCGGAGAGAGAGGGAAUGGUGGGGGAGGAGGUCGGGGGAUAAGCAAGCGGGAGAAGGGUGGUGGCGAGCGGACGGCUGGAAAGGGGCGUGUUGUGGCAGAUGAGGAGGGGGCGAAAGUUGUGGGCAGCGCGGUGGGGAAAAAGGUAUCGGCGCAAGGAGCGAAGGAGAAGAAGCAGCAGCAGGAGGAGGCAGCAGUCGAGUCUUCUGAUGAUGAUGAUGAGGAUGAAGAGGAGGAGGAGGAGGAGGAAGACGAUGAGGAUGGAGAUAGCGAGGAAGAGGACUGGCUGGAAGAAGUCAAGAGGAAGGGCAAGAAGGUGGAGGAAGAGGUCGAUGAUGAUGAUGACGAUGAUGAGGAGGAGGAGGAGGAGGAGGAGGAGGAGGAGGAGGAGGAGGAGGAGGAGGAGGAGGAGGAGGAGGAGGAGGAGGAGGAGGAGGAGGAGGAGGAGGAGGAGGAGGAGGAGGAGGAGGAGGAGGAGGAGGUGGAGGAGGAGGAAGACGAGGAAGGAGGGUCUGUGGACGGAACUGCGAGUGAUGAUGGUGAGGAGGAGGAGGAGGAGGAAAUGGAGGGUGGGAGGCGGGGCAAGAAGGCAGGUCCGGGAGCAGGAAAGAAAGGCAGCGCGCAGGGUGGCCGUGGGGGGAGUUCUGCAGGCGAGGGCAAGGAGAAAGUGGUGGUGGCAGGGAGGAGGAAAGAGGGGAGUCAGGGGGAAGGUGGGUGUGAGGGGCUGGGAGGAGCAGCAGGGGGUGUGACGGAUGCAGAACGAUCGGCGAUUCGCAAGGCUAUGCUUGGAGCGGCUUCCUCUGCUGUAACAGUCUGCCUUCCCCCUGCCGCACCUCGCUGCUCCCUGCUCCCUCCCCUCUGCCCCCGUGCCCCCUGCCCCCGUGCCCCCUGCCCCUGUGCCCCCUGCCCCCGUGCCCCCUGCCCCUGUGCCCCCUGCCCCCGUGCCCCCUGCCCCUGUCUGUUCCCCGAGCUAGCAGGAGAGGCGGCGCAGCGGUUCAGUGGGCGCAUGGAGGCCAAGUUCGACUUCCUCUUCCGGAACCGCAGGGACGGCAAGCGGCGGCCACCAUCCCAUCCAGACUAUGACCCCACCACUCUCUUCCUGCCAGACGCUUUCCUCAAGAACUUAUCCGAGGGGCAGCGCCAAUGGUGGCAGUUCAAGGCAAUGCAUCUGGACAAAGUGUUGCUAUUUAAGAUGGGCAAGUUUUACGAGCUAUUUGAGAUGGACGCGCAUGUGGGCGCCAAGGAGCUCGACCUGCAGUACAUGAAGGUGGGCCGCUGUUCCUGCUGUGGUGGGUGGGCGCUGGGCAGGCUGGGCGCUGGGCAGGCUGGGCGCUGGGCAGGCUGGGCGCUGGGCAGGCUGGGCGCUGGGCAGGGUGGGCGCUGGGCAGGAUGGGCGCUGGGCAGGGUGGGCGCUGGGCAGGAUGGGCGCUGGGCAGGGUGGGUGCUGGGGUGGGUGGGUGCUGGGACGACCCUGAUGACACUCAUCUCUCUCAUGUUCCCUGGCAUGCUCUCCGUCUCCCCUGAUGCCGCUCUCAUCCUCUCCCUCACUGAUUUCCCUGCCCCUGCUGCUGCUCCUGCUCCUGCUCCUGCUGCCCCUGCCCCUGCUCCUGCUCUUGUUCCCGUGCUCCCACAUACCCUCCAGGGCUAUCGAGUGGUGGUGGUGGAGCAGGUGGAAACUCCCGAGCAGCUGGAGCAGAGGCGGCGGGCGACAGGCAGCAAGGACAAGGUGGUGCGGCGGGCCGUGUGCGCCAUGGUGUCGCGCGGCACCCUCGUGGACGCUGGCAUGCUCUCCGCCUCCCCUGACUCCUCCCUCAUCCUCGCCCUCACUGAAUGGCCCGCUGCUGCUGCCGCUGCUGCUGCUGCUUCUCCCGUUUCUGCUGCCGCCACUGCUGUUGCAGCUCCUGCGGGGGAGGAGAGGGAGGAGGAGGGGGGAGCAGCAGCGGUGGUGAUAGGAGUGGCGGUGGUGGAUGCAGCGACAGGGCAGUUCUCCCUGGGUCAGUUCCCUGACGACGCUGCUCGCACGCGCCUGCGCUCCCUAACAGCCGAGCUCCGUCCUGUGGAGCUCGUGCUGCCCCGGGUCCCUGCCUCCUCUUCCUUGUCGUCUGCUGAUAAGCCCGCUGCUGUUGCGCCCUCGCCGUGCCCCUCACCGUGCCCCUCGCCUGCCACGCUGCGGGCGCUCUCGGACGCGUGUCGGCAGCCCCUGUGGAACUGGAGGGAGAGGGUAGACGACUGCUGGGCUCCUGACGCCACAGCGGCAUGGUUACAGCGCUUUUAUGCUCCGGAAAGAGAGGGUGGUGGCGUUGCUGAGGGCAGAGACUGUGGAGAAGAGCUGGAGGAGGAGGAAGGGGGAAGCAGCGGCGAGAGGAGAAGGGGAAAUAUUCCGCGCGCGAUCGCUCAGUUGAUCGCAGCAGGAGAAGCAGCAGGAGAAGCAGCAGGGUCAGCAGGGUCAGCAGGGUCAGCAGGGUCAGCGGCGGUGCUGAGUGCACUGGGGGGCCUUCUGGCAUACCUCCGCGCGUGCCUGCUGGAAUCCAGACUCCUCGCCCUGCGCCGCUUCUCCUUCCUCCCUGCCGCCCUGCCCCCGGACUGCAGCAGGAAAACCAACGCUGCCACAGCUGGAAAGGGGCGUGCUCAGGUGGGGGAGCUGGGGGAGCAGAGGAGCGAUUCCAUGCAGGUGGAGGGGCAAGAAGUGGAGGAGGCAGAAGGGGAGUGCGAGGAAGAUGAGCAGCAGGAAGAGGAGGAGCCAGAAGAGGAAGAACCCUUUAUGGUCCUGGACAGCUGUGCGCUGGAGAAUCUCGAGAUUCUCGAGAACAGCCGCGACGGCACGAGCUCAGGCUCUCUCUUUGCGCUCCUGGACCGCACCGUCACGCCGUUUGGGCGGCGCCUGCUGCGGCAGUGGCUCGUGCGGCCGCUGCUGCGAGCAGAGGCGAUCAGAGAGAGGCAGAGAGCGGUGGGGGAUCUGAUGGGCGUGGGGGCGGAGGCUGCGGGGAAGGCUGUUGCGGAGGAGAGGGGGCUGGUGGUUGGUGGUAAGCAUGCAGCUCGUUGUUGGCUGCUGCUGGCGCUUGCCACACCAUCGUUGUCAACUCUGCUCGUUUCUGCUCCACUCCAUGUUGCCACAACUCCCCUUCCCUCUCUCAUCCUCAUGCUGCGCACUCCUCCCUCACACCCACCCACCCCUCUGCUCUGCAACCCCUGCUACAGGGCAAAGGCCUUCCCAGCAGCAGCAGCAGCAGAGGCAGCAGAUGCAAAAUCAGGCAAGCAACAACACCAACACCAACACCAGCAGCAGCAGCAGAUGGGGCGCAACGCGAGUCAGGUGGUGCAAUACGAGAACGUGGCUCUGGCGCGCGUGCGGGAGUUCACCUCUGCUCUGCGCGGCUGCCAGGCUCUCCUUGUUGCCGCUCACGCCUUGGCCCCGCUGCUGCCCCGCCUCUCCAGCUCCCUGCUGCGCAACCUGCUCUCUCCUGCUGCUCCAGGAGGAGGAGAAGGAGGAGGAAGGGGAGGAGGAGGGGCAGGACGGGGAGGAGGCAAGGGGGGCGCAAGAGGAGUUGGAAAAGGGACGUUUCCGCCGAUAGAGUCGCGGCUGCGUGCGUUUGAGCGGGCGUUUGACUGGGCGCAGGCGGACGCGUGUGGGCGCAUCUUACCGUCGUCGCCGGGAGUGGACAAGGCGUAUGACGCUGCUGCAGCGCGAGUGAGGGCUGUGGAGGCGGAGCUACAGCAGCACCUGGAGGAGCAACGCCACGUGCUGCGCGCCCCUCCCACGGUGCGUGUGCUCCCAGACCAGCCCCGCCCACGGUGCGUGUGCUCCCAGACCAGCCCCGCCCACGGUGCGUGUGCUCCCAGACCAGCCCCGCCCACGCAUUGCUGUGUCUCCCUGUCUCCUUGUGCCGCUGCUCCCCUGUCCCCCUGUCCCCCUGUCCCCCUGUCCCCCUGUGUCCCUGACCCCCUGUCCCCCUGUCCUCCUUCCCCCCUGUGCCCCUGUGCCCAUGGCCUCCGUCCACAGGUGCCCCUGGCGUUUGUGACAGUGGGCAAGGACCCGUUCCAGCUGGAGGUGGGUUUCAAGGCGCCUAUUGUUUCACCAUUCUUCUGUUGCCUCACUCCCGUUCCCCACCUCCCACCUCUCUAUCCGCAGGUGCCCCUGGCGUUCGUGACAGUGGGCAAGGACCCGCUCCAGCUGGAGGUGCCCCUGGCGUUCGUGACAGUGGGCAAGGACCCGUUCCAGCUGGAGGUGCCCGAUUCGUUGCUCAGCCGCGUGCCACCCUCCUACGAGCUCAAGUCCCAGAAGAAGGGCGUGCGGCGGUUCUGGACGCCCUUCAUCCGCUCAGCUCUACAGCGGCUAGCAGAAGCCAAGGAGGAGGAGGAGGCGGCCCUGAAGGGCAUCUACCAGCGGCUUCUAGGCCGCUUCUGCGCGUCCCUCCCGCUCUGGCUGCGCGCCGUGCAUGCCAUCGCCCAGCUAGACGCCCUGCUCUCCCUCGCUGCCUUCUCCCAAGCUGGUGCCCCCCCCAUGUGCCGCCCGCACGUGGGGUUUGCUGUGCGCGGGGGCGAGGAAGGGGAGAGGGAAGGGGAGAGGGAGGGAGAGGGGGAGGGAGAGGGGGUGAGGGAGCGGGGGGUGGGGAAAGUGCCGUAUUUCAGGGCGAAGGGGUUGCGGCAUGCUGUGCUGGCGACCAUGGGGUCUGGUGGCAGCUGCUUUGUUCCCAAUGACACUGUGCUGGGGGGAUGUGGUGGUGGGGGCAGGGGGGCGGGAGGGGGAGGAGGAGGGGGAGAGGCGGAAGGGGGAGGGGGAGGGGGAAGGGGAGGGGAAGGGGCGCGGAUGAUGCUGCUGACAGGGCCGAACAUGGGCGGAAAGUCCACUCUCAUUCGGCAGACAUGUCUCGCUGUCAUCCUGGCGCAGGUAAUGAGGGAGGAAGGCUGGGAGCCCACGUGCCGGCAGAGUCCCUCGCCCUCUCCCCAGUGGAUCGCGUGUUUGUGCGCAUGGAGGCGCGCGCGCGACCACAUCAUGGCCUCCAAUUCUCCGUUUCUCCCUUUCUCCCUGCUGCUUUGCCCCCCCUGCCCUGAUCACCAGCUAGGAGCCCAUGUCCCAGCCGAAUCCCUCGCCCUCUCCCCAGUGGACCGCGUGUUUGUGCGCAUGGGGGCGCGCGAUCACAUCAUGGCGGCGCGCUCCACGUUUCUCGUGGAACUGCAGGAGACGGCGGGCAUGCUGCGCUGCGCCACACGCCACUCCUUCGUGGCUCUCGACGAGCUGGGGAGAGGCACUGCCACUUCUGAUGGCCACGCCAUCGCGCAUGCGGUGUUUGAGCAUCUGCUGAACCGGGUGGGGUGUGUGGGAGUGUUCUCCACGCACUACCAUGCCUUAGCACACGACUUUCAACACCAUCCUGGGGUAUCCCUACAGCACAUGGCAUGCCAGGUGCGCUCCUCGCCUUCCCACGAGGCCGCUCCCGCCGCUGCUGCAAGCAGCAGCAGGGCGGGCGGGAGCAACAACACCAGCAGCGUCAGCGGCGGCGAGAGAGGGGAGGAGGUGGAGGAGGUGGUGUUUCUGUACAAGCUCGCACAGGGCUCCUGCCCCAAGAGCUAUGGCAUCAACGUCGCACGCCUCGCAGGCAUGCCGGAGUCGGUGCUGUGCUGUGCGGGCAGGAGAGCACAACAGUUAGAGCAGGAGAGGGAAGCACACCGCAGAGAGAGACUCGCAGCAGGAGCAGGGCCAGCAGCAGAAACUGCUGCAGCAGCACCAUUGUCGGCAGCACCAUCAGCAACAGCAGCAGCAGCAGAAGCAGCAGCGGAAGCAGCAGAAGGAAAAGAAGCAGCGAGGGGUUCAGAGGAGAGUGAGCGGGUGGAUGAGGAGGGAGUGGCAGUGCAUGCGGUGCUCUCCCAGUUGCACCGACUUUUGCAGGAGGGGGCGAGGGGCAAGCAGCAAGGCCUGGAUGACAGUGCUUCAGCGCCAGCAGGGAUGGCCGUGGAUGGUGAGACAGGAAGUGAUGUGCUGGCCAAGUUGAGGCUGCUGCAAGCACAGGCAGCUGAGGGGGACUGA